AAUAGUCCCGCGAGAGGGCUGCCGUGGGUACAUUGACGGAUGACCCUGCUGCUCCCAGUCCCAGCUGUCAGCUGCGCUCGUGCACCGUUUCUGACUUUCCCCACUCUGUCCCCGGUACCAUGGCGUCCAUGGAGGAGGACGGCUCGGUUGAGGAGAAGGAUAACAACAACAAGAAGAGAACGAAAAGUGCAAUCGCUGUCGCAUGGCUUACAUUUUACAACAUCGCCAUGACGGCCGGGUGGCUGGUUUUGGCUAUGGCAAUGAUGCGCUUUUACCUCCAGAAGGCCACACACAAGGGUCUGUACAAAAGUAUAGCAAGGACACUCAAGUUCUUCCAGACAGUUGCGUUAGUUGAGGUGGGGCACUGUGCAAUCGGAAUCGUGAGGACCUCUGUAAUUGUGACCGGGGUUCAAGUGUGUUCACGAAUCUUCAUGGUGUGGUUCAUCACCAACAGCAUCAAACAGAUCCAGAACGAAGAAAGUGUAAUCCUCUUCCUGGUCGUUUGGACGUUGACAGAGAUUACCAGAUAUUCAUUCUAUACAUUCAAUCUGCUCAACCACCUGCCAUACUUCAUCAAAUGGGCCAGAUACAAUAUGUUUAUCAUCAUGUACCCUCUCGGAGUGGCCGGAGAACUCCUGACUAUUUACGCUGCUCUGCCGUUUGUUCGCAAAACCGGAAUGUUGUCCAUGAGGCUCCCCAACAAGUACAACAUCUCCUUCGACUACUACUACUUCCUCAUCAUUGUCAUGCUCUCCUACAUCCCAUUGUUCCCACAGCUCUUUUUCCACAUGCUCCGUCAGAGGAGAAAGGUGCUUCUUGGGGAGAUCAUAGUGGAGAAGGAUGAGUAGAGCCGCCUCACAGUCCAGCACCUGGCGUUCGUUUUGGAACAACGAGCCCAAGUUCUCCACACUGCAACGCAAGCGACCGGGAGAGUCAGACCACUACCGACAUAACGGGAUUAACCAAGUAAUAAUCGCAGAAACAGGAUUUUGUCAUUCACCGCAAUAACCCAACUGGAUUAAAUCCAAGAUAAAUCAUUACCCAACAGGAAUAACCUUCAUCAGAAUCAUCCACAACAGACAUCAGUCAACCAGAAGAAUCAUUACAGAACAGGAGUAGUCAGCGGAAUAGUCAUUAAUGUGGAAAAAGGAAUAAGUACAAUCUAUAGCUUGAAUAAUCAUCAUCAUCGCAAAACUGGAACACUGUCCCAGUGCAGGUAGCUAGAUUCCCAGAGAGAGAGAGCACUGAAUCCACUAUCCAGCAUGGCCACAUCAUGCUGUCCUAAACCUCUGCAACCUGAUAGCAUACUGCACCUAUUACCUGCUCUCAACUGCAACAGUACAAUAUUGGAAGGCGCUUGCUGUGCAUUGGGUCAACCACACAGCAGAUACAUACUGAACCCACCAUCAGUGCAACACACAGGGAGUUCGAGGGAACCAGGGACGGGUGAUAUGUAUGAAAGGAGGGAUGAGGCUCCUGAGCUGGGUUUUUUUUUCUUUUAAAUUGGAAAUAAAUUUUUUUAAGCAUUUUUAAACGUUUUCCACCACAGUGAUUUUAUACAUAAAUAGCAUGUUGCAACAAUGACUAGACAGAAGCUCAAAAAAAGAGAAAGUUCUGCAUAGACGUAUUAUACCUCGACAAUAAAUAUGCUGCUUCCUCGGAGUAUGUGUGUUGUACUUUAUUUGUAAACAAUGAAAUGUGAAACGCCACCGUUAGUAGGUUAUUUUAUGCACAGAUCGGAUCACUUGAAUAAUUACUUAAUUUAUUCACACAUCACAUGGUUGGCAAUUCUAUGGUUUUUAACAGUAAAACACUUGAAUGUUAUUAGUGCUUUAGGUGUAGCUUAGACUAAACAAAUAUUUUGGUUGUUGCUUUGCUCAGCUCUAAUGUUCUCUCCAUGUUGUUUUCAUGUUUACCAAGAGCUCAGUCAAAUGUAUUUACAAGUGUACAUCUUAAAAUAAGGUUGAAUCUUUGCAGAAAAGCGCUCUCUUUUGAAAGUUCAAGCCAACAUAGGAGACACGCAGAGAAGAUACGAGAUAAUACAUUUAUAUCUGAGCACUCACAGUCUUCAGUUAGUCACUGUUUUGUUCUUUUAUGUUUUAAAAAUCUGUGUUCGGGAUCCAUUGUCCUUGUUGGUAAUGGACUGGUAGUUAGCGUUAGAUUCCCUCUGCUAAAAGGUGCUACUGUGUCAGGUCGUUUCAAUCUUCUGUGCAGCUGAAGGAUAGAUUGGGAUUGGGGUCAUCUAAUUGUAUGCACUGUGAUACCUAGCCCUGUGCUACAGUGUGCUGAAUGAAUCAACAUCAUGCUAUGAAUCAGGGCUAGACAAGAAAGAAAGAAAGAAACAAUAAAAUUCAAUGUCAAAAA